AUGAAUUGCAAUGAGCUUCAAGAAGCAAAGCACGCCCCCAAAUACCUUGUCAGAAGGCCGAAAGCGCUACAAUGGUUCCAUCACAGCGAGUUGCAGAAGGAGAGCGAGGAAGAACGUCAAGCAGGUCGCUUCGAGCUCUUCCUCGACUUGCUCUACGUUGCCAUCGUCGCCAACUUCGCAGAUGAGCUCGCGGAGACAGCCAACGGCCAGGCGUUGGCGGUGUACUUCCUCAUCUACGCUCCUGCAUAUCACAUAUGGAGCGAUCUUCGAGAGAUCAUGAACUCGUACUAUACUGACGACCUUGUACAGCGGUUCGUAAUCUUGUGGGUCAUGGCAUUGCUCAUCCUUUACGCCAACAACGCGCCGCAUGUUGAAGAAAUUGGGGCAUUACGGACCACAGUCGCAGCGUACAUGAUCGCUCGCUUUAGUACGGCAAUGGUCUUUCUCAUCACGUCCUUUGCGAGCUAUCAUCAUCGGACCCAGGCAAGGCUGAUGUGUGGAUCGAUGCUGGUUGGCCUGCUGCUCUGCAUUCCGCUAUACCUAGACGACGUAUCGCUGCGCGCGAAGGCCGCAAACGUGGCUGUUGUCAUCUUCUGGAACGAGUUCUCGUGGGCCGUCACUCUGUCGCCUUGGCUGAAGAGGAAGCUGAGACUGACAUAUUCCACGGCGGUUGAUAUUGCUCAUGAGAUUGAUCGAAUGGGCGCCUUUUUCAUCAUCAUCCUAGGCGAGUUCGUGUACUCUGUCGUGGUCGGGAAUCCCGCGGGAAUUGGCCUAACACAAGGCUAUGGCAAAGCAGUCUGCACGCUCGUGAUUGCCUUCAGCUUGAAUUGGCUGUACGUCUCAGGAGAUGGCUCGCUCGAAGCAGUACAUCCUAUCCGACGGUCAGCCUGGACGGCUUUCGCGUUCUUUCUGUUGCAUCUGCCACUAUCAGCGAGCUUUCUGAUUGGAGGACACCUUUGCGCAGUCAGUGUUGCCGCGGACGAGUUCGAAGACGGUCAAAGGUGGCUACUGGGAGGCGGUCUGGGUGUAGGUACGUUCUGCCUAUGGUUGUACGGUAUGCUUUAUCAUUGCAAAGAUGAGGCAUGCAUGGUCAUGCCGAAAUCUUUGAGGAUUGGCGUACGCCUAGUUGUGUCGGUUGUUCUAGUCGUUUUGCCUGAGACGCACGAUCACCUUGACACCGCGGAAUUCAUGGCAGUGCUUGCCGCGCUCUUUGCCUUCAUGCUGGUCUGGGAAACGGCAGGGGGCAUGACGAAAGACUUCCAUUUGUUUGAGCCGUGGGAGGGAAGGCACCCACCGAAAGCUCCUGCCUCCGAGGAGGAAGCAGGAAUCCGGUAG